UUAUAAUAGGUAUUACAUAUUUUUAAUACGCGGUCUUCUUAAUUGUUAGAGUUUUCCCAAACCGAUUUCAUUGGUUGUUGCAUUAUUAAGGGAAGGGGAACCAUGUGUUACGGAAACUUCUUGCAGGCUCCUGAAUCAUGGUAGGUCGUGCUUUAGUUCAGUGAUGGUUCAAUUCCUGACCCUACUUACCCUCUAGGUUUCAUGUAACAUGUGCAAUAGAGCGAUUUUAUAAAGACGCUUUUUAUUAUAAAAAAAAUGUUAACUAGCUUUUGGUGUUAAAAAAAAAAAAUAGUAGAUAAUUACCGGUUUUCGUUAUUUUUUCCUGCUACCAUGGCCGAGGACGUGCUACACAUUUCAAAUCUUCCGCAAAAUUUAGAUUUUCACAUAGUGACUCUCUUUGAAAAGUUGGAAACUCUAAGACAAGAAAAUGGUUGUAAUAGAAAAAGUUUUUUGAAACUUCCGAUGAAGGCGGAAAUUCGUACAUUAGAAUUUUGGCGGUCAGUUAUUUGUGAGUGCAUUGCUUCUUUUUGCUGUGUCUUUAUUGUAUGUGGGGCGGCAGCUGGUACAGGGGUUGGUGCGUCGGCGGCAAGUAUUCUUCUUGCCACUGCUCUUGCAGCUGGUUUUGCAAUGACUACACUUUCACAGUGUUUUUUACACAUUUCCGGUGGUCACAUCAAUCCUUCGGUGACAGUAGCGAUGGUAGUUACCAAAAGAAUAACCAUUAUCAGGGCUGUUAUGUAUGUGAUAGCUCAAAGUGGUGGAGCUGUAGCAGGGGUAGCUUUUCUUUAUGGAGUGACUGUUCCUGGCUAUCAAGGAAACUUAAAGGCAGCAGUUCAACAUACAGCAUCUGCAGCAGCCUGGGAGCGUUUUGGCGUAGAACUAAUCCUUACUUUUCUCAUAGUAUUAACAUAUUUAAUGUCGAUAGAUUCUUAUAAUAAAUACAUGGGAAGUACAUCUCUUACGAUCGGGGCAUCAUAUGCGGCGUGUUCAUUUGUUUCCAUGCCUUAUUUAAAUCCGGCACGAGCUUUGGGACUUUCGUUUGUUUUAAGUAAAUGGGAAGGUCACUGGGUCUACUGGAUAGGUCCUCUACUUGGAGGUAUUACCUCAGGUCUUCUCUACGAAUACGUUUUCAAUAAGCAGAGGACGAGUCGUCCCAAGGAUUCGGCCGAUGGGGAUUCGUCGAGCAUAAACUCAGACGAAGAUACUUACGACGAUUUAGACAAACCUGUUGGUACAAAAUUCACUGGUUCCACUUACAAUAGUUAUAGACCAGCAGGAAGUAGUAACGCGGGAGUUAGCUACUGCGCAAGUCUUACAUCCGCAAGUCUAUAUGCCGCUCCUCCAACAAAAUUGGAGAGGGUCGAAUCACUUUAUGGAGGAACAAAAUCCCUUUAUUGCAAAUCUCCACCUCUUACAAGAGCCAACCUAAAUAGAUCACAAUCCGUCUAUACGAAAUCUAACAGCGGUUCAAACAAAGAUACCCUUCCUCGAUCUGGACCAUUAGUACCAGCUCAAUCAUUGUAUCCGAUCCGUUUAAAUCAGCAGCAAAAUCACGUACAGAACCAAAACGUCCAAAAUCAAUUGCAACAAAGAUCAGAAAGUAUUUACGGAAUUAGAGGAAAUUCUCAGCGUCCAGAGGGUGCUUAUGGAACAAGUAAUGGUAAUAAUGGCCCUUUUCAGGGAAGAAGUACUAAUACUACCACCGCAACCACUGAUAAGUAUGAAGAUACGCAAAAACCGACCAGAAAUAACAGGCCCGAAUCUAUGUAUGGAAUGAGUCAGAGUAGAAGAGGGCAAUCAGCGCAGUCUGAUGAUUCCAGUUACAGUUCAUAUCAUGGAUCAGUUUCACGUAGUAAUACAGCUAACAGUACUUACAAUGGGCCAACUAGCAAUUUUUCUAGUAAAGGCAGUAAUGGUGGAAGCAGCACUUAUGGCGUGAGAUCCGAUAUUAGGAAAUCCCCGCCCACACAGUUAAUCACUGCUACUCCACAUAGCGCAUCUUAUCAUCAUAAUAAUUUGCCACAACAUUCCCCUUCAUCUCAAUACUAAUAGACUUUGUGUAUAGAAAGGCACGUUAGUUACGUAUUUAUCAUUGUGAAUAUAUGUAAAGUUACCUAUAAACGUUCUUAAACGUAAUAAUAAAGUAAUAUAAGGUUUU